UAAUGUCAAUGAUGAAGUUAACCUAGAAACUAAGGAAAAUGGAAUAGUUGUUUUAGAAUUUUAGUUAUAGGAAUAACUUUGUUCAAUGGAGACUGCUGCAACAGAAUUAGAAAUAAAGUAUCAAAAACUUGCUUCUGAGUAUUCCAAAGCAAGAUCCCAAGUUACAGUUCUAAAAAAAGCAGUACUGGACGAACAAGCUAAGACUUUGGAAUUACGAGAAGUAAUUAAAGAAUGUGAACAAAAGCUUCGUAAACAUGAUCAAGAAAUGGAUAGUUUGACCUUUCGUAAUGAGCAACUUCUGAAACGUAUUGCAGUACUACAGCAAGACCUGCAAAGCAAUAACAGCGGCAAAAAAAGUAAAACAAAAAAUUCGGAAGUUUCAAAUUUACCCACGUUAAGCGUUUUUGAUGAGGAAUUACAAAAAAAAAUUUUAGAAAAUGCUCAGUUGAUGAGUGCUAUGGCAGACAAGGAAAUAGAAAUCCAAAAUAACAAAGAGAAAAUCUUUUCCUUAGAGAAGAAAGUUGCAGAAAUGCAACUAGAAAUAAAAAGUAAUAAUGAAAAGCAUUUAAAGGAAAUUGAGAAAUUUGAAAGAAAUCAAAAAGAUGAAACUACUUUUGUACAAAAGCAGCAACAUUUAGGGCAAGGUGAUGCAAAAAUGGUUGGUCAGUUUACCAUUUUUGUGGGGGCAGCAACUAAUACAUUUAAUAUGUUUCAGAUCAAUUACUGGCAAACAGAGGCAGAAAGAUGGAAAAAUGAAUGUGAGGUGUUAAGAGCUAAGCCAGAAUCCAAUGGGCAGCUAACCCAAUAUUAUGAGAACCAAAUAAGAGAAAUUUUUGAACUGAAACAGUUAGCACAAUCAGAAGCUAGCAGCCUUUGGGCAGAAAAUGCAGCACUUGCUUCAAGGCUUGAAGGAAUUGUAAUUGAAAAUAAUGAAAACAAUGUAGUUUUAGAGAAGCGCAUUGAAGAAUUAAAUACUACAGAAGAAAACUAUAAGUCUCAGUUGGAUGCUAUGACAGAACAUCUUGCAGCCCAAAAUGAGAAAAUCACAAAACUAAGUGAUGAAGUACAACUUUUAAAACAUAAGUUGACAAUUAAAAAAUAAAGCAUUCCUUUUGAUAAAAUAUUCUACAUAUAAUCAACAUUUUAAUUAGACCUGUAUAUAUCUUGUUUUAAGUGAUAAGUCUG